GAUCGCGGGCGUCUCCUCGCGGGGCCGGGCGCGCGGCGCCGGGUUUGGCAUCAGAGGGGGCGAGGAGGGGACACAGCGGAGAGGAAAGGCACUGCAUGGCUUCUACGGUGAGCCUGCCCAGAGACACCUUGCUGGAAGAUGGGCUGCCCCCUGCCAAGAAGCCCAGGAAGCUGUUGCCAAGCCUCAAAACCAAGAAGCCUCAGGAACUGGUGCUGGUGAUCGGGACAGGAAUCAGUGCAGCAGUUGCUCCCCAGGUGCCAGCUCUCAAGUCCUGGAAGGGUCUCAUCCAGGCCCUCCUGGAUGCUGCCAUCGACUUUGACCUGCUGGAGGAUGAGGAGAGCAAACGCUUCCAGAAGAGUCUCCACGAGGACAAGAACCUGGUUCACCUUGCCCACGACCUCAUCCAGAAGCUGUCCCCACGCACCAGCAGCGUCCGCUCCACCUUCUUCAAGGACUGUCUGUAUGAGGUCUUUGAUGACCUGGAGUCCAAGAUGGAGGAUGCUGGCAAGCAGCUGCUGCAGUCUGUGCUUCACCUGAUGGAGAAAGGAGCUCUGGUCCUAACCACCAACUUUGACAACCUGCUGGAGCUCUACGCCGCACACCAGGGGAAGCACCUGGAGUCACUGGACCUGACUGAUGAGAAGAAGGUGCUGGAGUGGGCACAGGAGAAGAGGCAGCUGAGUGUGCUGCACAUCCACGGCGUCUACACCAACCCCAGCGGCAUCGUCCUGCACCCUGCCGGCUACCAGAACGUCCUGCGCAACACCGAGGUGAUGCGGGAGAUUCAGAAGCUCUAUGAGAGUAAAUCAUUCCUGUUCUUGGGCUGUGGUUGGACUGUUGAUGACACCACGUUUCAGGCCCUGUUUCUAGAGGCUGUCAAGCACAAGUCAGACCUGGAGCACUUCAUGCUGGUGCGGAGGGGAGACGUGGAGGAGUUCAGGAAGCUGCGUGAGGACAUGCUGGACAAGGGCAUCAAGGUCAUCUCCUACGGCGACGCCUACGCAGACCUGCCCGAGUACCUGCAGCGGCUGGCACGGGAGAUAGCCCUGCGCGGGCAGGCAGGUGUGCCCAGGGAGGGCCAGCAGCUGAACGGCUCUGCCAGCGCCCAGGCCGAGCUGCAGACGGCAGGUGAGAGCCUCCCGAGCUGCCAGAGCAGGCACAGCCACGGCCCUGCACUGCCUCCCAGCAGCCUCUGCUUGCCCACAGGAGGCACCACUUGAGCGUGGCCUCAGCCGAGGACCGCGGGGGACUCCCUGGGAUGGACCUAACCCGGAGCAGGUUCCAGGCCAAUGUGGAAGCCCAGAGCCACACGGAGCAGGGGUGCCAGAAGCCAGAGCCAGGAGCUCCUGGGAUGGACACUUGGUGUAAUGUAGCAAUCUUCUUCUUCAGGAGAUGCAGGGGGGGGUCCCUCUGGGAGCCUCCUCUGCUCCCAUUCCUCGUGCUUGGAUCGUUUGUACUUGGGAUGAACUCCAGAGCUCGUUUUUUACUGAAGCUCUCCCUUUUCUAGCCCUGCCUUUUACAGCUUUUGUACGGGAACCUGGCAUUAAACCUUCUCACCUCUGC